AUGACCAAGCUCCGGCGAUCUCUGACUGGUUGUGCUUCAUUCCGAAAUAUCAACAGCCGCAAGAAAUGUGACGAGACUAAGCCUGAAUGUCAGCGAUGCCUAGCAUCUGGGACAGUCUGCGUCUACCAGUUCGUGCAAUAUGCCGCAGGUCAGAAUCAUCGAAUGAUAAGGACCAAGCCGGGACCUCGAAACCUCGUUACUUCUGGAACUAGGACUCCACAAACUAUCCACGAUACUCCUUUAUGUGGCUCUGGCGACUUUUUGGACAUGCACUCGCUUCCCGAAAAUUCGAACAUGGCUGCUUGUUUGGUCCCUCUCGGUACUCUCCCACAAAGCAAUCUCGUUGUACCUGGAACUUCCGGUUCAAUACAUCGUGCCCACUCGACCCCUUUACAGUCAUCGGUUGAUUUUGAGCCGACUGUCUCCUCAACAUCACCAGAUUUUAACCGAUGGUCGAAUACUAUUUCAAACAUAGAAAGCAUUGGAUAUUCGUCUCUAAGUUCAAUCGCAUACACCUCAACAAAUGUUGAUCUUAUAGAUGAUGAUGACGACGACGACCCUGAAGGAAUUAGAAAUCUAUUGCUCAUCUCCCCUACUAUGGACAAAAACACCCCGGAAAAUACAUUACCAUUUGUGUUGCAUUGUUAUUUCCGAUGGGCUGUCGUCAGUGUCUUCGAACCCCGGAAGGUGGCAUAUACUAUGCGCAAUCAGAUUAUUGAGCAAUUCUCUGACGAAAGCUCGCGAGUGCGGACCAUUUUGAUAGCGAACAUAAUGAACAUAUACUCAAGAGAUUUGGUAAUGAAUGAGAUUGGAACUUGCAUGAUCAAGGCUUUAACCUCGGCCGUACAAGAGAAUGUGUCACGGUUUAGGAUCACGGCAUCACCAUUGGUUCCGGGACUGAACAGACAACAUGCCGUUCGUACGUUGGAUAACGUACUCGAGGUAGUGAUACUCCAAUUACGCACCCAACCUAUAUCCGAUCACCUCCAAUCGCUCCAGUCCGUUGCGCCAGUUUUCAGAGCCGCAUGUCCCGAGCCUCCUGGAAAACCGCUGGACCUAACAAGAAUUAUGCUCGACUCCAGUCUCAACCUUCGACAUUUCGCCUACAUAGAUAUUUUAGCAAGCAUGAUUACCGCCCAGCCGACUUGCUUCCAGUACGAGGUACCGUUUUCGCUCGACUUAUGCGAUCGGAUGUGUGAAAUGCAGGAUAGCUGUGGUCUACGGUGGCUAUAUGGGGUACCGGAUCAAUUUAUCAUGAUGCUCGCAUGGAUCAACUCGCUAGCAGAGACUCCAGGCGCUAGUGAAAACACGGAGCUGAUAGCAUGGAUAGAAAAGAACCUACCGCGAAUUAAUAUUCCUAUUGAUAAAUGUGGUGAUCCAUGGCUACGGAUUGGGAGAACGCUGGUGCUUGAAUGCUGGAGGUGUUGUGUACUGAUAUAUCUUUAUAUGGUAUUGUGCAAAGCCGAUUCCAACGAUCCUCGAGUUGUGCACGCUCAUGGGGGUUUCAUGCGACUUAUUAGAGGGCUAAGAUCAGCGCGACACCCAAACGCGAGCUUGGGCUCCCCGAUACUAGUCGCCGGAGUAGUUGCAGUCACAGAACGAGAUCGAGACACGCUUCGUGAAAAGAUUAUAGUGUUCGGGAAUGGGCAACGUCAGGAACCGCGGGGAAUGACUUUAUGCUGGCGUUGGAAGAUGUAUGGGCCCGAACGCAAGAUGAAGGGAGGGCAGCAGUAUGGUCUGAUCUGGCAAUCGCUUGCCCUACUUUCGUCGAACACGGGAUUGCGAUGA